AUGGAAUGGACGCAGGCAAUCUUCAGUAUUGGCACCGUCCUCCUUUACGUGACGGACAGCUACUACUGGGAGGCGCCGUACAUCGCAAUAUCGACAAAGCUUGAGGUCUUUUUCGCGGUGUUCUUCAGUUUCAACUUUUUGUUCGAGCUCCUGCUGUCGAAGAACCGGCUGGCCUUUGUCAUGAGCAUCCCCGGCAUCGUGGACAUGGUCACCAUUGUGCCGGUCUUCUUGGCCCUGCAAGCCGACCCCGUCUCCAAGUCACCUACGGGCUUCGUGCGCCUCUACCGUGUGCUCAUGUUGGCAAGGGUGUUUAAGCCGCUCCGCCUGCUGAAGGCAGUGGAGAGCAUUAGCCCUGGCAAGGAUGCGGUGCUAGAACAGACGGCGAGAACAAUGGCAUACUUCGUUUCCACGCUAUUUCUAGCCUCCGGAUUGGUGCAGGUUCGUGUGUGCGUCACGGAUUGCAGACGAUCCGGUGGCCGACUCGCGCGUGAAGAUGAUAUCACGACUGAAAUGGCCACAACAGACAAUGAUUGCGUUUCCCUCAUCUAUCAGGUUUUGUCGGACGGAAGGACGGACGAAUGGGGGGAGACGACGGAUGCGACCAAGAUGAUGUUUCACGACGCCCUUUACUUCAUAAUCGUGACGUUCAGCACCGUCGGCUACGGCGACAUGAGCCCACCGGACACGCAGUCAAGGCUGGCGAUCGUCCUGCUGGUCGGGUUUUUCUUCUUCAUGAUACCGAGAGAGCUGAACAAGCUCAACCACUUGCUCGACCUCAGCAGCAAGUAUACGGGCUCGUACCCGAAGAAGCUAGCGGGAGGGCACACCAUCGUCGGAUGCGACAUUGCCUCUUGCGGGCUGGCGGGAGGCUUUCUGGAGGAGUUUUUCCAUGAGGACCACGGUUAUAACAUCAUGCACUUGGUGCUCCUGGUGCCGCACGAGCCUACCAUGGAGUGGAAACGACUCGUGCUUAAGUUCGCCGCCAACGACCGAGUGACUUACCUCAAGGGAGAUCUUCGCAGCACGGACGAUCUCGCCAGGGUCAGCGCGGACACGGCGUCGUCCUGCUUCAUUCUGACAAAUAGGCACGGGAAUCUGCGGGAAGAAGAGAAGCGAGGCUUCAUGCGAGCCAUCACCGUUCAAGAUUUCAACCCGUCGCUGCGUAUCUUUGUCGAGGCGCCUACGCACGGAAUGAAGCAGCGCCUGGUCAAGGUGGGCAUAAAUCCCUCUCGAAUUGUUUGCGCGAGCACGGUCAACACUCGGAUGCUAGCGAAUGCGUGUGCGUGGGAGGGGGCAUCGACGCUCAUCAACAAUCUGCUGGUAUCGGCGUCGAUCGAUGAGCAGCAGGACAUGCCGGCUUGGAUAAAAGAGUACGCUUCUGGGCUCGGGAAAGAAAUUUACGUCGUCUCCAUCGGAGCCUUUGCUGGCCGAGGCUUCAGCGAGUUAGUCCGAGAGCUGUUCGAGCAGCACGGAGUCAUCCUCUUGGGGAUCAGCGAGGAUCGGCGGGUGGUGCUUCAUCCCGGCGCUGGCUACGUCAUUACGUCGGCUGACCUAGGCUUUCUCGUCGCGGACGACGCGGACGUAGCCGAGUCCAUCGUCGAGCAGGCCGUCGGGGCGCUCCUGCCCUUCCCCGAAAAGUCUGUACCGCAACCACCACCAUCUUCGGCGCUAAAGGGAUCGGUGCGAGAAGGGGCAGGUGUGAAGGGCCACGGUUCCACCGCAGCCACCGCGAUGGCCUUAACCGCGGACGGACGGACGGCAGGGGUCCUUCCCCGGCUGGGACGAACGACCAAGGGCGUCGGUGGACGGAGCGGUAGCGGCGGCGGCGGGAGUCGAGGCGACGUAACCAAUAGUCGUGGCGCAGAAACGGCCCGCGAGGAUCUGCAAAUCUCAACAGUUGGAGGAAGAGGGGAGGGAGGGGGAAGGAGUUCGACAGGUGGCGGUAGUCGCAACGGCGACGGCGCAUCCAGCCCGUCCAAGAUGGCGAUUGGGAACAAGAGAAGCCCAAACAACGCCGGCGGCGGGGGUUAUAUUGUGCUUGUGACCCCCACGCUAGCUCAAGUUUCUACGCUGGUUGAGGCGUUCGAGGCCCCGCAGGUGCCGACGAUGGGCUUCGUGGUUGUGUGCCCGCUGUACGACUGGAACCAGGAGCGGGACCAAGAGGAAAUUCGCCGGCUGCGUGAGUUCCCGCAGGUCCGUCUCGUGAUCGGGGCGGCUAGCAGAGCGUCGCUGCGGGAGGCCGGGGCGAGCAGCGCGAGGAUGGUCGUCGUGACAGCGGUCGCGGGGCUUGACGUCCGUGCGAUCGUCGAGCUCAACGACAUGACGUACGGCAACCACUACGAGAUCCUAGUCGAUCUACUCCGCAGCUCUCGGUCGCUUCCACCGCCGCUGUCGCCGUCACUGGCGGUUGCACCUCUCUCCCUCGCUGCCGGGGACUGCGGCCGCCCCGACACGGUCUCGGCGACCGGCGACCGCAGCUACCAGUCGCACAGCAAACGCAAUGUCCACUACAACGGUGGCUCCCCGUCCUCGACCUCGGGGGCCCUCGACAACGUUUUGUCGGCCACCGCAGUCGCGUCCAUGCACAAGAACGCCGAUGCCCAAGGAGGAGAAGGAGCAGGUCAGAGGUUGACGAGCUGGUGGCGGAGAUGGCGGCAUCGCCAGUUGGGCUGUGACGACGAUAGAUCGUCGCGCUACUCCGAGGGUCGAGGCGCUUCUCGACGCAGUGAAGGUGAUCGGAACUCAGGAAUCCCGUCAGUGAGUGGCGGAGGAGGGGGCGGCGUUUCGUCGUCGGCGGCAGCGGCCAGGGCCAGAGAGGGGCGGCGCGGUAGGGCACACUGGACCCUGACGAAGGGAGUGGCGUCCGGUGCGAUUGUGCCAAGCAGCCUGCCUGAGACGCUGCUGUGCCAGGCGUUCUACAACCCGGCCAUCAUCAUGAUCGUCGAGGCCCUCCUGGACCCCAAGGCCCAAGACUAUCGCAAGACAAGGCGUCGUCCAGGCCGCCACUCCUGGAACGAACGAGAUGGCGCGGCUGCACCGUCUCAGGCGUUGAUGAACUUCAUGCUAGGCGAGUACGACGCCCUUCCGUUCGGCCUCCUCAGGCACGGCGAAGCGGGCUCACCGUGCGGAUCUGUGUUUUUGCUUGCGCCAAAUCUGGAUUCGUGGGAGCGGAUGCAGCUGGACAGCCCACCACCGGCUUCACUUCCUGCCGCCGGCACUAACUCCCGAUUCCCGCCGGGGGACAGGCUAAGCUCCACAACGCCGGACUUGACGCCGCCUCCCAUCGGAGCCACCACUGCGAACAGCCCAAACAAGCGAGGGUUCCCACCAGAAACACCAUGUGCCGUCUUGGGCGACAGGGGGUUUCCAUUUUUACAAGACGAUAUUUUCGGCCUUCAAGAAGAAGACCCGUGUUCGAUAGAACGGUCGCCAAGUCACCGGCAGAGGAGGCCAGGAGGAGGAGGAGGAGGCCCGGCAGUAGACUGGCGGGGUUCGCUUGACAACGGCUAUCACGGCAACAACGAGAACGACAUGUCCGCGUCGUCGCCGUCAUCACCAGUUACCGGCGGAACGCCGCAGCAACACCGCAACCUGUUCCCGUCGCCGUUCAGCUCCACGCUUCCGCCCGAAACGGCGACGCUCCCGGCGACGAGCAGGUUCGACGCCAACCGCACGUCUUGGGUGGGCCGAGCGGCGUCCAUCGGAACCGGUGGUGCCAGGGGUGGUGCAGGUGGUGGCCGAGGAGGGUCACAGCAGCAACGACAUCCCAAGGGGUCGCACGCGAAGCUGGACUUGCUGUUGCACGAGAUGCAGCGCUUGAACGGUCGGUUAGAUACAAUCGUGGGCCGACUGGGUGUUUUGGAGGGGGAAAAUCGAACAGAUCGGGUGGACGGCGAGAGCGCGAAACAGACUCCGGGUAGAUGA